GCGUUGCCAUGGUUACCGCGACAGUAAACAGUAGCUGGCAGAAUUACUCAGAGUCCUUUAGUGAAGACGAGUAAAUGGCUUUCUUUGGAAUCACGAGCUUGGGCUACCAGGAUCCGUUUGCAGGCAGAAAAUUGUCAAGUCCUCCGGAAACAUCAGCUGAUCCCGGUGUGGAGACGAAUGCCAGAAGCCCCUCAGAAAGCACCAAGCAGGCCGCCACCUCCUACACGCACAACGGCAGCCAGCAGAAAUUCAAGGAAAUGCUGAAACGGAACCAGAUGCCAAGAGCACCCAAUCAGCUGUAUCGAGUACCUCUCACAGACAACCAGCAAUACGGAUGGUGGAUAGAAAAGAAAGAGCCCUGGAUGAAUGUCAGCCACUUCCCCUGCAAGAACAGCGAAAUGACCAAGUUUGCCAACGAAAUGUCCAUGACUGACAGAGAGUUCAGCUUGUUCUGACCGACUAUCUUCCUGCAGCACUGACUCCAACACUAGUGACUCAAGAGUCUCGUCUUCCC